UCUAGUGAAUUUCAACCACGAUUCGCUGUCUGAAUUUUGGAUACUUAUAGGGACGUUUUUGUUAACAUUACUUAUAUAUCCAAAUGAAAUCCGAAUUUUAUAACUUAUUUUCGUCGAAUCGCCUUCGACACAACCGGCCUUAGCCGUCUACUGCUGUGGCAGAUUCGCAAUCAUCUUUUCGCUUUUUUUCAUAAUACUUAUGCUUAUAAACUUAGUUUUCGCUAUACUUCGUCUGCAGUUUGUGUAAGUAAAUAGCGAAUCGAAUCACGUGUACCGAGACGUCGGUUCAAGUGUCCAGGCGUUGACCGUCAUGUUAGCUGCAACUUAAAAUCGCGUUGAUUAGUAUUUUUUGACUGUUUAACUUUUACAUGAAGCUUCUUCUUCUCAUCAGUUUUGUAUGAAAUACCCGAAGCUCGAAGCGUGAUAGUCUAGUUAACAUGGUUGGAAUUUUAAAUGACUCGGACAGCGAGGACGAGCUGCCGCCCGGAUGGGAGGAGCGGGCCAGUCUUGAUGGAAAUGUAUAUUAUGUGAACCACUUUACAAAAUGCACUCAGUGGACCCAUCCUCAAACUGGUAGGAAGAAGAUCGUCGAAGGGGAAUUACCUGCUGGAUGGGAAAGAUGUGUUUCCAGUGAAGGCCAGGUUUUGUUUGUGGAUCAUACUAAUCGCACAACUACUUAUACUGAUCCACGAUUAGCAUUCGCCACUGAGUACAGAGAGUCUUCCCAGCCAGUGCGGCAACGCUUUGAUGGUACCAGCACUGCUUUGUCAGUGCUCUAUGGAAGAGAUUUGAGAAACAAAGUUGCUCUGGUUACUGGGGCCAAUACAGGAAUAGGUUUUGAAGCUGCAAGGUCUUUAGCUUUACAUGGAUGCACAGUUGUAUUUGCUUGUCGUGAUCUAGAAAAAGCUAAAGCAGCUGUAAAGAAAGUACAACAAGAAAGAGAAAAUGUAACUUGUGAUAUUUUACACUUGGACUUGUGUUCACUGCACAGUGUUCAAGCUGCUGCUGCCAAAUUUAAACAAAAAUAUAGAACACUUAAUAUUCUUAUAUUAAAUGCUGGAGUGUUUGCAGUUCCUUAUACUUUAACUCAAGAUGGUUAUGAAAUGCAAUUUCAAGUAAAUCAUUUAUCUCAGUUCUAUCUCACAUUACUUUUGGAGCAUCCAUUAAGAAGUUGUCAAAGUUCUAGAGUAGUUAUUUUGUCUAGUGAAUCACACAGAUUUUCAUUAAUCUCCUCAGUUGAAGAUCUUCACCCAUUAACUUUAUCUCCUCCUGCCUACAAAUAUUGGGCUAUGGGAGCAUAUAAUGAUUCAAAACUGUGCAACAUCUUAUUUGCUCAAGAGCUGGCAAGAAGGUGGCCUUCUGUAAGUGUAUUCAGCUGUCAUCCUGGCAAUAUGGUUUCAUCUGGAUUGCCACGCCAUUAUUGGGUCUAUAGAUUACUUUUUGCAAUUGUUAGACCAUUCACAAAGUCCUUGCAACAAGCAGCUAGUACUCCAGUGUUUUGUGCUACUGCUGCAGAAUUAGAAGGUGCCACUGGUAUUUACUUUAACAAUUGCUUCCGAUGUGAGGUAUCUAAUGUUGCAUUGGAUGCACAAUUAGCAUCUCGUUUGUGGGAAGUUAGUCAAGAAAUGAUUCUUAAUGUUGUAAAAAGGGACAAGUUGUGGUACGAUUUAGCUUUAACGUGAUAAAAAAAGUUAACGCUGAUUGUAAAUAUUAACAUAUGCACAAGACUGAUGUUUUUUGGAACAUGGAGUAUAAUUGUAAAUUAUGUAUCAUAUAUUUAAUAAUUUAUUGGUGAUUUUAAAGCUGUGUUAUAAAUAGUUUGGUUAAGAUUUGAUUUUGAGUAUGUUUUAUGAUGUAAUUAUUUACAAAUUUGCUAGAAGUUUACAAUGUCUUUUAAAAACUAUAGUCACGAAACUUCAUGCUUCAACUAUAGUUGUUAAAUUAUUUUUUAUCAUUCAAACCAAUAUGGAUAAACCAGAUAAAUAAUCAAAUUUCCAUGUAUUAUGUGAAAUAAUCCAAGGUGUUUAAAUCAAGAACUAUGAAUUGUAUUAUACUCUUAUUAUAUCUAGAAUAAUAAUUAUUUACAACUUA